AUGUCGCAAUUCACCAACCAAGAUUUCUAUGGCGGGGCCAUGCGAGGUGUUGUACCGCAGGGCUGGAUUGAUUCCAGCACCCUCCGCGAAGUGCCCGACCACCAAGAGCUCUUCCUCUCCCCAACCACGCUGUCUAGUCUAAUCACCGAGAUCAAUCAGCGCGUGUCAGAGGAAGAAGCACUAAGCAGAGUGGCCACCUUCAACCGCCAACCAGCAGCACCCAUUGGAAGUGCAACUUCCUUGCAAAUCGACCAUGCCGCUGCCAUUUACCACCUGCACGACCUUUGCGACGAGGGUGACACCAUGAAUGUGAUCACCCCUCCGCAGCAGGUCCAGCUCUCUUUUGCUUCACCUGACGCUGCACCGAUCAAGGCUUAUCGCGGUGCUGUUUUGUUCACGACACCGCAGAAAAACUCUGGGGCUGGUGCGCCGUCGAAGGUGACGUGCCAUUAUCUUCUUGUGCGUCUUGCGGAUCAGGAAACGGAUCUGUUGGUUUUCUUCAAUGCGCCUCAUGAGGAGUUUAUUAAGAAUGGGGAUUCGAUGGGCUUGGCGGCGGAGGAGACUCUUGCGAAGAAUACUAUUGACGCAUUGAUUGCGAAAUUGGAGAUUUGUGAUUGGGGACUUUUUGUUUAA